AUGCGGACUUCAACCCUCAACACAGCCCUAUGGCUCGCUUUUGCCAGCUCUUUCACCUCGGCAACGCCUCAAUAUGCUGCUGUUCCUCCCAAGUAUCAGACCAAGACCCAGCUCAAGCAUUGGCCUGCUGAAGCUGCCGCUGCGCUCAAUACCAUGAUGGCGCGUAAUGCGAACCAGAGCAACUACGCGGUGUUUGACAUGGACAACACGAGCUGGCGCUACGAUAUUGAGGAGUCCCUGAUUCCUUACCUCGAGAACCGCGGUGUGCUGUCCCGCGAAAAGCUUGAUCCCAGCCUCAAGCUGCUCGAGUUCAAGGACACGGCGAACUUCACGGAAACGCUUUACAGCUACUACAACCGUCUUUGCGACAUUGACAAUUUCCUGUGCUAUCCUUGGGCUGCGCAGGCCUUUUCCGGCCUCACGCUCCGCGAACUCAAGGGCUAUGUCGAUGAGCUCAUGGCGCUGAACACGACGAUACCAACAAAGUACUGGGACGGCGACGAAGUCGUAUCCGACAACAUCCACCCGCCGAAGCCCUUCCGCGGCCAACUGGAGCUGUACAAUUCCCUCAUGGAGCACGGCAUUGCAGUCUACAUUAUGAGCGCCUCGCACGAGGAGCUUGUACGCAUGGUUGCCAGCGAUCCCAAAUACGGAUACAAUGUCCCACCGGAGAACGUCAUUGGCGUGACCACGGUGCUCAAGGACCCCAAGACAGGCGCUCUCACAAACGCACGAAUGCAGAUUACCGCAGGCACAUACAACGAAACGGCCAACCUGGAUCUGGUCGUGACUCCUUACCUCUGGACGCCCGCGACCUGGUACGCCGGCAAGUGGGCCGGCAUCCUGACGUACAUUGACGAGUGGAAGCGUCCCAUCUUGGUAGGAGGAGACACCCCCGGAUCCGACACUUAUAUGCAAUUCCACGGCGUCGACGUCGCAAAGGGCGGCGUGCACCUGUGGAUCAACCGCGGAGAGUCCAUCUUCAAGAAGCUGCAGGAACAAAUCAAGAAUAGCACGCUUGGCCAGAUUGCCAAUGGAAGGGAGGUUACCGCGGACAAGAACUGGGUUGUGGUGACGCCCGAGGAGAUUUUGUAA